AUGUCCGAGUCCGAAAGUUCUACCCACGACCUGGAGCGUGGUGCGGCUUCAGAAUCCCUCUACAACUCGACCAUCAAGAAUCUCUCUUGGCACGAUAUCUCCGUCACGGUCAGUGACAGAAAGACAAAAGCACCUAAACAGCUGCUGGACAAUGUGAAUGGUGAGGUUAAAGCUGGAGAGAUCCUUGCUCUCAUGGGACCCUCGGGCUCCGGCAAGACGACUCUCCUCAACACCCUAGCGCGCAGGAGCACCAGCUCAGGAAGCACUACCGGAACCGUUCUCACUAACGGGACGCAUCUACCCCAGUCCGCCUUUCGCGAAAUAAGCUCUUACGUCGAGCAAGAAGACGCUUUAAUUGGCUCCCUUACCGUCCGCGAAACUGUCGAUUUCUCCGCCCGCCUCUCCCUUGCUGGCGUAGUCACUACACGCGAACGCCUAGCCCGCGUCGAUGAUCUUCUCAUAGCGUUCGGCCUGACUGAUCAAGCUCACACCUUGAUCGGUACUCCGCUGCGCAAGGGAAUCAGUGGAGGACAAAAGCGCCGAGCCAGCGUUGCCGCACAAAUCAUCACAGAGCCAAAGAUUAUGUUCCUCGACGAGCCAACUAGUGGACUCGACUCCUCUGCCAGCUACGAGAUCAUAUCCCACCUGCGCAGUGUAGGCCGACGGUAUAAUCUCUUGAUCGUAGCGAGCAUUCAUCAACCGUCCACCUCAACAUUCAGGCUUUUCGAUAAGUUGCUGCUGCUUUCGCAGGGGAAAACGUGUUAUCUUGGACCGUUGUCAGACGUUACUUCUUACUUUGAGUCCGCCGGAUUCCCGGUACCUCCACAAACCAACCCGGCCGAACACCUUCUGGACAUUACGAACAGUGACUUUGCCCUUAAUCGAGAACAGGCGCAGAGGGAUUUGGAUAGUAUACACGCAACCUGGAAACAGCAGCAACACACCGUUUCUUUCACGUCGAAGGAGGGGAUAGAUCAACCCGCUAUAGCGAUACUCGAAAAUCACUCCCGUCGUCCAGACAUCUUCACUAUAAUCUCAGCCCUCCUCUUGAGAAUGUUUAUCAAGAGCUACCGCGACGUCGUAGUCUAUGGCAUCCGCAUCGCCAUGUACAUGGGCCUCGCUAUCAUGAUGGGCACAGUUUGGCUCCGACUUCCUACCACGCAGGACUCCAUCCAACCCUUCAUCAACGCCAUCUUCUUUGGUUCGGCCUUCAUGUCCUUUAUGGCUGUAGCCUACGUCCCCGCUUUCCUCGAAGAUCGCGCUACUUUCGUCAAAGACCGUGCCAACGGCCUCUAUGGCGCCUUACCCUUCCUAAUAGCAAAUUUUAUCAUCGGACUUCCUUACCUCUUCCUCAUAGCCGUCAUCUUCUCCGUAAUCGCGUACUGGCUUACCAAUUUCCGCCCCAGCGGUGAGGCCUUCAUGUUGUGGAUCAUGUGGCUCUUUUUGGACCUGUUAGCAGCCGAAUCCCUUGUCGUGCUGGUAUCUUCACUCUUCCCUGUUUUCGUAGUGGCGCUCGCCAUCGUAGCUUUUGCGAACGGUCUCUGGAUGAGUGUGGGCGGCUUCUUGGUGAGCCCGACUAUUCUGAAUGUCUUUUGGAAGUAUGUGUUCCACUAUAUCGAUUAUCAGUCACUGGCUACUAGACCUACGUCUUUCAAGGCAUGA